AUUAAGAAAAAUAAAAAAAUUCUAAUCGAAUUGAAUAAUAUAUUCCGAAAUGUUUUACUUAGCUAAAAUCAUCGUUUUCUGGUUUUUAGUGCAAAACUCUCUUGCUACUAAGACAUUUCCGGAAAGCUUUAUGUUUGGAACUGGCACUGCAGCAUUCCAGAUUGAGGGAGCUUGGAAUGAAGAUGGCAAAGGACCAAGCAUUUGGGAUACCUUCUUCCACAAAAAAAAUGCUACAGAAAAUGGUGAUGUAGCCUGUGAUUCGUAUCAUAAAUGGAAAGAAGAUGUUCAAAAUGCCAAAGAUCUCGGAUUGAAGUUUUAUAGAUUCUCAAUUGGUUGGUCAAGAAUUAUGCCAAAUGGAACACUGAAUAGUGUUAACCAAAAGGGAAUUGAAUAUUAUUCCAAUCUUAUAAAGGCUUUGAAAGAAGAAGACAUAGAACCAGUCGUAACGUUAUAUCAUUGGGAUAUGCCACAAUAUAUCAGUGAUUUGGGUGGUGCCCUUAAUGUUCAGUUUGUUGAUUAUUUUGAAGAUUACGUCAGAUUGUGUUACACUUUAUUUGGAGCCUACGUCAAAUAUUGGUUAACACUCAAUGAGCCUACUAUUCAGUGUUUUGUCGGCUACGGUUAUGGAGUAGGAGCGUCUGGAUUCGCGUUGCCUGGGGAUGGCUUGUAUCAAUGUUCCUACGUUCUCCUUAAGGCUCACGCUAGGGCAUACAGAAUUUACGACGAAGAGUUUCGCGAUCAAUAUCAAGGAAAAGUUGGAAUAGUUUUGGAAACUAAUUGGAUAGAGGCAGAAACUGAAGAUCCCCUAGAUUUAGAAGCUCAAGAGCGAUAUUUGCAGUUUUAUCUUGGAUGGUUUGCAAAUCCAGUGUAUAAGGGUAACUGGCCCGAUGUUAUGAUCGACCGCAUAGCAAAUAGAAGUAAGCUGGAGAACUUAGCCAGGUCACGUUUACCUGCUUUCACUCAAGACGAAAUAGAAUAUAUUAAUGGCACUCAUGAUUUCUUUGCAAUCAACACAUAUUACACCAGUACUGUUAGCUACCAAGAAGACGAACCAAUCGGCACACCAUCAUAUUCCAAUGAUUUGAGCGUUGAUGCGAGUACUAAUUCUAGUUACAUUGAUAACCAGGCUUUGAGAAAAUUGUUAAAUUAUAUCAAUGACAGGUAUAAUCCUGGUAGCAUUAUAAUAACUGAAAAUGGAAGAGCAACUUCAGAUGGAUUAGAAGACAUAGAAAGAAUUGAAUAUUUAAAGAUUUACUUGUGUAGUUUGUUGGAUACUAUUCUGGAAGACAAUGUUAAUGUUAUAGGAUAUUCAUUAUGGUCACUGAUGGACAAUUUCGAAUGGGGUACCUAUGAGACCAGAUUUGGUAUCAUUAGAGUAGAUUUUGACAGCCCUAAUAGAACAAGAACUUGGAAGGAAUCCGCUAGGUGGUAUCAAAAUCUUAUUGCAACUAGAGUAUUGGAUAAUUCAACAUUUAUUGCUAAUAAUUAAAAGGAAUAUAAUUUUAUUUUUCUGUUUUUGUGAAAUUUGAGUUUAAUUAAAAAACUGUACAUAUU